AUGAGCUCUCUCGUCGCGCUCCUCUGCGCCUUGUUCGCUAUGAACGUCGCGUUGUGGAUCACGCGUAAUCUCACGCGUCCGCUGUCGAAAAAUCGCGACGAACGGCGAGGUGUGAAGACGCUCGUCGUCCUCGGAAGCGGUGGACACACGAGCGAGAUGUUUUCAAUCCUUCGUCGACUCCCGCUCGACGUCUACGCGCCGAGGACGUACGCGAUCGCGCGCACGGAUUCGCAGUCGGCGAAUAAAGCGCUGAGCUUCGAGCGCGAGGUCGGGGGGUCGAGAGCGCGGGCGAGGAUUGAAAUCAUCUCGAGAGCGCGAGAGGUGGGGCAGGGAUGGACGUCGAGCGCGGCGACGAGUUUGGUAGCUUUAGUGGACGCCGUGAGCUUGGUGUGGCGCGAGCGACCGGAUGUGGUGAUGUGUAAUGGACCCGGAACGUGCGUUCCGGUCGUGUUGGCGUCGAUGGCGAUGCGAGGGGUGGGAUUCGAGACGCCGGCGACGGUGUUCGUGGAGAGCGCGUGCCGGACGCGCGCGCUGAGCUUGACGGGGAAGAUUUUUUAUCACGCGCGGUGCGUCGACGCGACGUACGUGAUGUGGGAACGCUUGAGUGAGUUAUAUCCGAGGGCGACAUUCGUCGGACGGUGCGUGUGA